AUGUCCUCGAUUAAGCACUUCUGCAGGAAACUGCUCAAGGAGUCAAUUACUGAAGAGGAAUUCCUGACUGAACUGAGAAACCCAUGGCCAGUUUGUCAAUAUGAACUCACCAGUGAUGCAUCAUCACAAGAAGUUAUACCGUUCGUUGUUGAAAUUGUGGAUGAGAAACGUGGACGUGCUGAAGUACGCGUAAAAGACGGCAUUCAUUUGGACUGUUCCAGUCCUCAAUAUAAACUGAACUUGGUCGCUAUUCGAUGCAAUGAUCAAAUCAGAUCCGAGAGUGUUCCAUUACGAAUAUCAGUCCACGAUACGAAUGAUCACGCACCUGAAUUCACUCAACCGUGGUUCACAUUUGACGUUGAUGAAGGUAAAUCACGAGGAAUUUUUGACGAUGCUUCUGAUGGAAUACUUCCAUCAUUCCUCUGUAGUUUGGAAAGUGAAUGA